CGAAAAAGGGAAAGGCGUACGGCGAUUCGGCCGCAUUCGUGGCAGCAGGAGGUCAGCUGAGGGCAGCAGGGGAGGCAAUGGACGGUGUUGGCCAUGAGGAUUGGCUUUGCAGUGCAGAGCUGAGACUUUAUGCUGCCGGAGCGUAGAUAAUCGACAGGCCAGCCGAUACAGUACUGAGAGGGAGGAGGGGUGCAUAAGCUGCCUGCAGGUGAGGUUGCAAUGACAACUGCACCAUUCAUUUGAAUGGAUUUAUUCACCGCUCGUUUGCUGCGUUGCAGAGAUGGCGGCUGUUGGUGUGCCCGAGUGCGGUGUGUGUCACGAGGAGUACCAGUCCCGUGGCGACAAGGCGCCGCUGACACUGACGGCAUGCGGUGAGUGAGCGAUGCAUCCACAAACCUAACACACAUGACGGGUCUCAGCGCGACUGUUCUGGUGUGUCAAACCGGAUGUGCAGGCCAUUCGGUUUGUUCGCAGUGCGCUAGAGAGCUCAUCCGCCAUCACCCACAUGGCCGUCGCGCUGCCCGUUGCCCCACAUGCAGGUAGGUGCACACACCCACACACAUGGAGGCAAUACGGGUGCGUUGAUGUGAUGACAUCGAUGCUCCUGUAUAUUUCUGUGUGUUGCUUCAUCACAUGAUCGAUCAGGGUGGACACCACAGAGGAUGCCGUGCGCCCCACCUACUUGGCGCGAGAGUGUGUGGCGACUCUGCAGGCCCUGGCCAUGGGAAGCUCUGUGCUGUCCACAAUCAAGACGUGAGAAGGCAAAAUCGACCCAAUAUUCCUAUGUGAUGCAUUGCAUUGCUGGCUGGCAAUGAUGUUUGGUGCAGGUGGGCUCUGUGGCUCGUCGGCUGGCUCGUGUUGACGCUGGUAUGGGUGUCCACGCCCCUGGUGGCCGUGGUAGUCUUCGUGUCGGUGUGGGUGCGCGACCUCCUGUUGGCCACCUUCACGGACCUGAUGGGCAUACGAGUUCCACCGGUACGCACGAAUAGCACUUUUCAUGUCUCGUGCAGUGGGUGGAUCGCAUGCCUCUCUGAAUCCAGAUUCGUCUGCCGGCUGGCACGUCGCUCUCACCUUCACAGUACGUCGCCCUCAUCAACAUGUUCUACGGCGACAUCAAGCUAGAAUCGAUCUAUCGGUACGCACUGGACACAUUCACGCGACCCCACUCCUGUCCUUACUCUCUGUCUGUGUGUGUGUAUAGGUCAUCGCGUGACGGCUCCACAUAUGGCAACCUGCUCGACCGUGUGGGCGACAAGCUGCUCCUCGUGUUCAUCAUUCGCAAAGGUCGCUACGUCUUCGGCGCCUUCAUCAGCGGCGGCCUGGAGCUUCCCGAGAACCCGACUGACUGCAACGAGUACGACUGUGAUGUGUGGUGGUUCUCAUUGGCCGGCCACUUCUGGAGGCCCACCAAGAUAGACAUUCCCCAACAGAAGCAGCGUGUUAUACGGUGGCGGGAGCGGAGGGGACUACCGGCUGUGCGAAGGUGUUUGUCGGUGGGUAUCUGUCGCUGGGCUGGCCUGAGGGUGGCCGGCCUAAUGCUGACAUCCGCAGCUGCCUGCAGGCCAUCGACAGCAGCGACGUGCCUGCGGGCUACUGGGGCAAGUGGACUGGAUAUGGCGAUGCUUGUCUGGGUGGCAGAGAUGGGUUUGUGGCCGACGAGGUCGAGGUGCUGGCUGUACAGUGAGCCCUCGUUUUCUGCGCUCCUUCAUCCAUAUGGUCGGUGGCUGUCUGUCGAUCUGCCUGCCAGCCUGCCUGCGAUGCAUCCGUUAUCUGAUAUUUUCUUCGUUGCCUGCCUGGCUGCCUGCCUGCCUGCCCUGCCCCUCCUGCCUUUUUCUUUCCUGCCAGCCUUCAUACGGAAUGUGUCUCUACAUGCCACUGGCGAUUCGAUGGAUGCCACGGCACGGCUGUGGGUGCGUGUGACAGAGACGCUUACUUGAGUGAGUCCGCCGAGCAGUGUGCAUCAGUCCAUCCCCCCAUGGUGUAUACCGGCGGCGAAGGGCUGUGGUUUGGAUGCGAUGAAUAGAGUAAUUGCAGUGCGAUGGGGCACAUGUGUGUGUGGCUGAGGUGGUGGAUUGACACGUGUGUAUGUAUGUGGCUGAAUGGUUGCGUGGCCUUGAAGCUUCAAUGACAUCGAUCGGCAAUGGUACGUGCAUCAAGCAGGGGUUGAA